AUGGGGGACGCCUACGCGAAGCGUGUGCUGCUCACCGCCGCUGGCGACGCCGUGUCCCGGGGGAUCGCCUCUACUCUCGCCAAGCACGGCUGCAGAUUGGUCUUAUUGGGCGACGAGGGCACGCUGGCCGCGACGGCGGAGGAGGCGCGGCGCUGCGGGGGCAGCGGAGGCGGAGGCGUCGAAUUGGUGGGGCUGGACUUGGAAGCGUGCGGUGAGGCGGCGGCCGACGCGGCGGUGGAUCGGGCCUGGCGCUGCUUCGCCGGACUGGAUGCCUUCGUCAACUGCUACUCCUACGAGGGGGAGGUGCAAGAUUGUCUCAGUAUAAGUGAAGAUGAGUACAGGAAGACCAUCAAAGUAAAUGUGAUAACACCUUGGUUUCUUAUGAAGGCGAUCACAAAGCGAUUCCAGGAUACAAAAUCUGGUGGAUCUAUUGUGUUCUUGACUCAGAUUAUUGGUGCUGAGAGAGGGUUAUAUCCAGGUGCUGCAGCAUAUGGUACAAGCUUAGGAGCUAUUCACCAAUUGGUCCGACUGUCUGCAAUGGAGCUUGGCAAGCACAAGAUUAGGGUUAACGCAGCCUGUCGCGGCCUGCAUCUGCAGGACAAGUUCCCCAUCUCCGUGGGUAAGGAGAAGGCUGAGAAGGCAACAGCGGAGGUGAUGCCCCUACGGAGAUGGCUGGAUCCGGAGAAGGACCUAGCGUCCACAGUGUUGUACCUGGUCGGGGACGAGUCCCGGUACAUGACGGGCACAACCAUAUUCGUGGACGGUGCUCAGUCCAUCGUCCGGCCGCGCAUGCGCUCCUUCAUGUAG